AUGGGGCAGUCGGAGGGUAGCUCCAGGACCACGGUCGCCAUUGUCGGCUCCGGAAUGGCGGGUCUUGUAUCAGCAUAUCUGCUGAAGCAAGAUCAGAGUCAGAAUUUUGAUGUCCAAGUUUUUGAGAUGCUACAUCAGCAAAAUGAACUGUCCCUCGAUUCUGCGUCGGUUACAGUCCCUUCGGCAAAUGGUAGAGAAAUACGAAUUGAUCUCCCAAUGCGUGCUUUUGCGGGUGGAUACUACAGCAAUCUCACGAGAAUGUACAACUACCUAGGCGUGAAAUAUACUCCCAUGCAGUUUCUAUUCCCUUUAUCGAGAGCUCCUAUAGUCAGGGACAAGAGCAAUCUGCUUUCACCUCCCAAUCAAGGAGAUGCAGAUGAUCAUGUCCACAACGACGAAAGAGACGGAAAUUUUCUCAGCUCGAAACCGUAUUUCAUUCAUUCAUCCAACAAUCAUCGCAUUCCACCCAUCCGACCCGAGCACCUGGGAUUAUGGCAUUGGGUGGCAGAGUCUAUAUAUCUCGUUUUUUGCUUUGCAUGGUAUACGAUAUGCAGCUUUUUUAUACCUCCGUACUCAUCAAGAACCGAAUACCACUCUGCAACUUGCGCUGGAAUAAAGCAGGAUAUCUUAUCCGUCUCCGAAUCGCUAGGUGAAUACCUCCAGAGAAUCCGGCUACCAACCUACUUCACGCAAAACUACAUACUACCCCAGUUCUCAGCUGUGACAACCUGCUCUCAUGAAGCGCUGCUGAAAUUCCCCGCCAAAGACCUUACAGACUAUGCGACGCAGACAUACAAUGUCCCGUACUACGUCGUGAAGGGGGGCGUGAAUGUCGUGCAAAAGAAACUGGCUGAGGGGGUUGAACAUCCAGCUAAAUUCACGGUACGUGUUUCUUAUAUGUCCAACACGGACGGGACUAUCCAUCAACGGGAUUUUAACCAUGUUAUCAUGGCGGUCACUCCGGACGUUGUGGGUGCUAUAUUUCAACCUCUCAGGUCAGCUGUGGCACAGGUGCCUACCAUCAAGGUCGAGAGUGUUGUGCACAAUGACACUUCUUCUCUCCGUAUUUUAUCACAGACUUCCGUUGGGAGCGAGGGGUAUUUUCACCCGUCGUCAGCCGAGACACAAGUCAUUCAUGUCCGCUCCUCGCUGGCUGGGUUCACAGAGGCAAUCCACGAAUGCACUGCGUCCCUUCUCGUAACCACUGGACCUAUAACUCCUAUCGAUACGUCGAAGGUUAUCCAUCGCACGAGCUUCACGCGGGUGCUAAGGACGCCACAGAGCAGAGAGGUUGUAAAUCGCAUCUUUGGAUACAACCCCGUUACUUGCAGGGCAUCAGAGAAAUGUACUACCCAGUGGCGGAAUGGAUAUGGGAAUGUUUGGCUCGUAGGCGGUUGGUGUUGGGAUGGGAUGGUUUUGCUUGAAGGGUGUGUGGUGUCUGCGAUGCGGGUUGCUGAUGCUUUGGGUGUUCAUGUUCCGUGGAGAGAUAUGGUAUAA